AACAAUUGAGGAAGAGUAUGUGCUGUAACCACUGCUAAUUUUCCCAAUAAUGAUUAUUUAAACUCAGUUCCUCCCAGGAACAAGGCCACACACCCACCUCAAACCCUGGGAUUUACCUGGUGGGUAAACCAGAGGAGCCUGGCAGCAAUGCCUACCUGUGGAGCCUGCCAGAAGUGUAGGCCUGUCACAGAGCUCUCCUGGUGCUCAAAAACAAAGUAUCGGCAGGUGGAGAGAGAAGGAGGAAAAUCCUUCCCACCACCACCCCCUGACACAUUGUUUUUGAGCACUGGGAGAGCUCUCUGGAGAUAAGCUUUUGGGGGAAAAUGGGGGGCUGUGAGGGUGGGGGCACCAUCCUACUCGUUCAGGUUCUUAAAGGCCAAAGAACUUGUAUCACUGUGGGGAUUGACUCCAGGGGCACCUCAGUUAAAACCAAGACAGAAAAUUGCAAUAAAAGAAGCCUAUGCUUUAAAGUGUUUAAAAAGUUAUUCAUAACAUGUGCCCCAACAGUUCUAGCCACAGGUGCUUUUAUCAAUUAGUGAACAGAUAAUGUGAGCUUACCCUUAUUUUUCCAGUUGCAUAUUUGUUUAUUAUUGAGCUUAUCUUGCAAUUAUUUCCAAAAAACUACCACUUUGUAGAAGCAAAAUAUUCUUUUGACCAGUUGGGUCUUAAUUGAUAGCAAACCAAAAAGCAUUAUUGGUAAGAAACCAAUAGGGAUAUCCCACAAGGAGAGCUUCCCAGUUGGAUCAGUCUUCUCCUCUCAACUCCAGGCCUUGCUAUACUUUUGAGGGAUCAAUAUUGAAGUCCGACUGAAAUCUUUCUGUGUUCAACCACUAUUUAGAUGUCGCCUCUUAUUGUCCAACAGAUACCCACUGAAUAAAUCUUCUGAAGAAAACUCUGUGACACUUCUCCUAGAGUUGCAGUAUUUCCAAAAGGAUUUCAAGGCACACAGCUAUAAAAGCAACAAGGAAAUAAUUGAGCAUAAAAACCCACAAGCCAUCAUCCUGUAGAAUCAAAGGAGAAAGAAACAUUGCAUUGUAAAGAUAGUGGUUUAGAAAAUAGAACAACAAAAGACUGGGAACCAGAAAUGUUGUGUUCUUUGAGUUGUUCAUAUUUGUGAAAUUCUCACUUAAUAUAUGAAUUCUGACUGAAUAUUCAGAUCUCAUACAUUCAUUUUGCAGUGGUAUGGAACGUGCAAAGAGCUUACGUCGGAAAACUAUUCUUCCUAUACAUCAAGAAACUCACACAGAGGAGAAACCAUAUAAAUGCACAGAAUGUGGAAAGAGUUUCUCUUAUAAAAAGAAACUUAAUUUACAUCAAAGAACCCACACAGGGGAGAAACCAUAUAAAUGCACAGAAUGUGAAAAGAGCUUCUCUAACGCUGGAGGUCUGCGUAUCCAUAAAAGAACCCACACAGGGGAGAAACCAUAUAAAUGCAUCGAAUGUGGAGACAACUUCUCAACCAGUACAGGUCUGCUUAACCAUCAAAGAACCCACACAGGGGAGAAACCAUAUAAAUGCAUAGAAUGUGGAAAGAGCUUUAAAUACUCUAACAAGAUGAGUGACCAUCUAAAGACCCACACAGGGGAGAGACCACAUAAAUGCAUGGAAUGUGGGAAGAGCUUCAUUCGGAUUGACAGGCUGCGUGACCAUCAAAAGACCCACACAGCGGAGAAGCCACAUAAAUGCAUGGACUGUGGGAAGAGCUUCUCUCGGAGUGACAACCUGCGCCGUCAUCAAAGGACCCACACAGGGGAGAGGCCAUAUGAAUGUGCAGAAUGUGGGAAGAGUUUUAGUGAUAAUGCAUAUCUGCGUUGCCAUCAAGGAACCCACACAGGGGAGAAACGUUACAAAUGCACAGAAUGUGGAAAGAGCUUCCAAUACAGAGUAAGCUUUACUGCCCAUAGAAGGCUCCACACAGGAGAGAAGCCAUAUAAAUGCAUGGAGUGUGGAAAGAGCUUCCGUAUCAGAGAAAGUUUGCAUUUACAUCUAAGGAUCCACACAGGAGAGAAGCCAUAUAAAUGCAUGGAAUGUGGAAAGAGUUUCCGUUUCAGAGAAAGUUUGCAUUCCCAUCUAAGGAUCCACACAGGAGAGAAGCCUUACAAAUGCAUAGAAUGUGGAAAGAGCUACAGGGACAGAGGAACCCUGCGUAGUCAUCAAAGGACCCACACGGGGGAGAAGCCAUAUAAAUGCAUGGAAUGUGGAAAGAGCUUCCGGGAAGAUGGACGUUACCGUUCACAUUUAAGGAUCCACACAGGAGAAAAGCCAUACAAAUGCAUGGAAUGUGGAAAGAGCUUCCGUAAUAAUAGAAAUUUGCGUUCCCAUCUAAGAACCCACACAGGAGAGAAGCCACACAAAUGCAUAGAAUGUGGAAAGAGCUUCAGAGAGAGAGUACACCUGCGCUGUCAUCAAAGGACCCACACACGGGAGAAGCCACAAAAAUGCAUGGAAUGUGGAAAGAGCUUCAGAGAGAGAGUACACCUGCGCCGUCAUCAAAGGACCCACACACGGGAGAAGCCACAUAAAUGCAUGGAAUGUGGAAAGAGCUUCAGUAGUCAUGGACGUUUGCGUUCCCAUUUAAGGAUCCACACAGGAGAAAAGCCAUUGACACACUUUGUGUUUAUCUGUGCCCCAACAGUUCUAGCCAUAGAUCCCAUACAUCCAUUUUGCAGUGGUAUGGAACAUGCAAAGAGCUUACGUCUGAAAACUAUUCUUCCUAUACAUCAAGAAAGUCACACAGAGGAGAAGCCGUAUGAAUGCAUGGAAUGUGGAAUGAACUUUUCUGCCAGUAGAAGUCUGCGUUCCCAUCAAAGAACCCAUUCAGGGGAAAAACCACAUAAAUGCAUAGAAUAUGGAAAGAGAUUUAAAUAUGUUGGCAAGCUGAAUUACCAUCUAAAGACCCACAUAGGGGAGAAACCACAUAAAUGCAUUGAAUGUGGGAAGAGCUACACUCGGAAUGACAAGCUCCGUGACCAUCAAAAGACUCACACAGGGGAGAAGCCACAUACUUGUAAGGAAUGUGGGAAGAGCUUCUCUUGGAGUGACAACCUGCGUACUCAUCAAAGGACCCACACAGGAGAGAAGCCAUACAAAUGCAUAGAAUGUGGAAAGAGCUUCCGUGUCAAUGAACGAUUGCGUUCCCAUCUAAGGACCCACACAGGAGAGAAGCCAUACAAAUGCAUAGAAUGUGAAAAGAGCUUCCGUGUCAAUGAACGAUUGCGUUCCCAUCUAAGGACCCACACAGGAGAGAAGCCAUACAAAUGCAUUGAAUGUGGAAAGAGCUACAGUGAGAGAGGACACCUGCGUAUUCAUCAAAGGACCCACACAGGGGAGAAACCACAUAAAUGCAUGGAAUGUGGGAAGAGCUUCUCUCGGAGUGGCAACCUGCUUACUCAUCAAAGGAUCCACACAGGAGAAAAGCCAUUCAAAUGUAUGGAAUGUGGAAAGAACUUUAAAUAUGUUAACAAGCUGAAUUACCAUCUAAAGACCCACAUAGGGGAGAAACCACAUAAAUGCAUUGAAUGUGGGAAGAGCUACACUCGGAGUGACAAGCUCUGUGACCAUCAAAAGACUCACACAGGGGAGAAGCCACAUACUUGUAAGGAAUGUGGGAAGAGCUUCUCUCGGAGUGACACCCUGCGUACUCAUCAAAAGACCCACACAGGGGAGAAGCCAUACAAAUGCAUGGAAUGUGGAAAGAGCUUCACUCGGAGUGACAAGCUGCAUGACCAUCAAAAGACCCACACAGGGGAGAAGCCACAUGCAUGUAAGGAAUGUGGGGAGAGCUUCUCUCGGAGUGACAACCUGCAUACUCAUAAAAAGAGAUGCCAUACAAAUGCAUAGAACGUGGAAAGAGUUUCAGUGUGAAAGUACACUUGCGUUCCCAUGAAAGGACUCACACAGGAGAAAAGCCAUAUAAAUGUAUGGAAUGUGGGAAGAGCUUCCAUGACAAUAGCACUCUCUGUUCCACAAAGGAGAACAACAAUACUUAGGCGAUCCCUUGUAAUCCGAGGAUGAUGGUCCUCAUGAACAUUGUCAAAAUCCCCAUGAGUAAAAAAUAAACCAUUCUUUUCAAUCAACUGUGUUGCAACCCCAUUCUUCUUGCACACAAUUUGAUUGCUUUCACUAUUGAAAAGCACAUCAAAACCCUGUUUUGCUUUCACUAUU